AUUUUCCAUCAUUUGGUAGAGACAAAAGCUGUUUUUCACAUUUUCACAAAUGAGUGUCGAGCUCGAGAUUGGGAAUUGUCCGGCUACCUCGUUUGUUUAAAUUAAAAAGAAAAAGAUAAUUUGUAUUAUUAGUUAAAACUUUAAUUUUAUCGAAACGAAAUUAUUAUAUUUUUUAAAAUAUAUGAUAAUUUGACCUGGGGAGCAGACAACAAUGAUUGAAAUAAACAAAACUACAAUCGGGAUUGCUGCUGGGGUUGCCGGAACACUAUUCCUUGGAUAUUGCAUUUAUUUCGAUAAGCAACGUCGAAGUGAUCCCGAGUACAGAAAGAAAGUCCGCGAGAGGAGACGUCGUCAACGCAAGAAUGGCACCUCAUCCAAGAGUGGAAUGCCCAAUUUGAAUGACCACGAGGCAAUUGAAAGGUAUUUCUUGCAAGAAAUUCAAUUAGGAGAAUCCCUCAUUGGACAAGGUGAAUUCGAAAGUGGCGUGGAGCAUUUAGCAAACGCUAUUGUCGUUUGCGGACAACCCGCUCGACUUCUACAAGUCUUACAAACAUCACUGCCGGCUCAAGUCUUUGGAAUGCUCAUUCUGAAAAUGCAAGAAUUCGGUAGUCGAGCAACAGCAGAAGCCGAAGAGGAAAAAGGACCAAGAUUGGUUGCGGCCAGCAGCAAUUCUGUGUCUGAUGUUGUUCCUAGUGGUAUGGGAGAGGGGCCUGUCGGUGGUGUUAUUAUUGAUGAUCUUGAAUAAAAUAUAAUAAAACAAUAAAAACAGAACAAAAAAAAAGAAAAUUUUAAAAUGUUGGCAUUGUAAAACUAAAAAUUAUACAAGAUUUAAACAAAAACAAAACAAAGACGAAACCUCAUGUUAUUUAUGUAGUAUUUGCAUUCUUUAUUGACAAAUCAAAAAAUGCACAAUGCUGUGUUGUUGUUGUUGUUGAUUUUGCUGUUUCCUUUUUCUCUUAGAAAAAAACAUAUUAAAUUAUAGUGUGACACAAGAAAGUUUUAAAUUAAAAUAUAUAAAAUAUUGAAAAAUUCCAA